AACCAGAGGAGAUUCAAAUUCCUGUACCUUGGGGCCACAUAAGCGGCAAGUGGUGGGGUCCGAAAUACAUUCGCCCGAUAAUAACAUUACACGGUCGUCAAGAUAAUGCUGGAAGUUUUGAUCCGCUGAUACCAAAAUUAUGUCAUAAUCAAUCAUUUUUGUGCCUGGAUCUGCCUGGUCAUGGUCGCUCGUCGCAUCUGCAUCAAGGGCAGUACUAUUUCGUUUAUUGGGAUGGUGUUAUGUUGCUGCGCAGGGUCGUUAAACAUUUUCAGUGGAACAAGAUAAAAAUUUUGGGACAUUCCCUGGGUGGUGCAAUAGGAUUUUUAUACGCCGCUACAUACCCAGAAGAAGUUGAAGCCCUCAUCAGCUUGGACAUUGCUAGUACCACAGUGAGAAACAUCAGUAAGUGCGUUGAUGGCACUGGAGAGUCUAUCGACAAGUAUCUGAAGUAUGAGCAAUUGAGCCCGGAGAGUGUGCCUUCUUAUGAGUACAACGAGAUGCUUGAUAUUAUUAUGGACGCAUAUAAAGGCUCGAUUACGAAGGAGGGUGCUGAGGUGCUGAUGAAGAGGGGAACACAACCUGCCGCCAUGCCCGGGAAACAUUAUUUCUCCAGGGAUCCGAGGUUGAAGGUAUCAAUGUUGGGAGCUUUCUCCAUGGAUCUGACAAACGCUUACGCGGAGAAGAUUACAUGUUCUUACCUCAACAUCAGAGCAAAAUCAGGUCUCAAGUGGGACUAUCCAAAUCACUAUCAAGAGAUUCUCAAUAUAAUAAAAAAAUCUGCCUCGAAAUUUGAGUAUCACGAAGUUGAAGGCAGUCACCACGUGCACUUAAACAACCCCGAACUCGUCGCUCCGAUAAUUCAAAAUUUCCUAGAAUCACUUCCAAAAUCGAUAAAUUGAUGGAUCGAUCCCUUGAGCAUCAUUCCAUCUAGUAAAUAAUUUAUUAAUAGACAUUAAAUUAUUCUUGGAUAAAACUGAAUGAAUAAAUUAAGGAAAUACUAAUAGAAUGAAUUAGAGAAAUUGAAAAAUCUUCUAACAAAACAUUAAUUAUUACGAAAUAAUGUAAAAUAGAUAAUACAGUUUCUCAGUAGGUGUAGUAACUGAUCACUUGGCUACAUUUUUUGGUAUUUUUGUCAUUUUUUUUUCAAAUUUAUCAAUGGAUUUAUUAUCAACCUCGAAAUGAACGGUCUUCAUACGUUCAUCCCCAGUCGGAAUCAUGUGCUUGAUAUCCCCAAAAACUUGCCAAAGUAAAUAAUAAAACCUCAUAAGUGCACCAAACUGCCUCUUCAGUGUUUUGUUAUGAAAUGAUCUAGCCAUCUACCUGGAGUUCCAUCACUGACAUUUCACAAUCUAAAUGACAAAUUAAUUUCAAAAUGAUUGAUAUCACACCUUCAACCAUUAACAUAAUGCUCAGAAUAGUGAAAAACCCAUCACAAUUUCUUUUUUAUACAUAAAUAUGAUGAUCAAAAACGGUCAGCCGAAUUCUAACCUAAGGUGUCUUAUACGAAGCCUCCUACUGUAUAUAUAUCAACGGGCAAACUAUGGAAAAUGAGAUGCUGAUUCUCUUGAAAUAAACAUGAUAGGGAAAAUUAUAGGAAGAACGCGAUGCCUUUGAUAAGAAAGUGAAAUGUGAAAAUCUCCUAUUUGCCAAAAAUAUAAAACAGAAGAUUUUAUGCGAAUCUUGAAUUCCGGCAUACCUAUAAAUAGAAACUGAUGGACAAGGCAAAACGUUGAUCAGAAGCUGCCUCCAAGACCAAUUUGUUCUAAAAUCAUAUUUUUAUCAAUCAUUUAAUAUUUGAAACUGAAAUUUUGAUUGCUAAUUGUAAAUGAAUAUCCACAUUUCUCGUUGAAAAAAGCUUGAUUGCGGUCUGAUUGAGCUUUAUCAUUUUUAUUCAUGUUUUAUUGAAGCUACCUGGGCUCAGCUGAUGAGAAAAUAUUAUUCGAUGUAUCAUCUACCUUAAGAAGCGGAAGAUAGUUUCAAGGGAUUCAAUUUUUCUUCUUUAUAUUUUUUUUAUUUCAUAAACAAUCAAAAAGUACAUUUCCAUUCGCUCUCGCACAAAUUUAAACAUAUUCAUCGGUUUAAAAAAUUCAUAGAGGAUAAGACAAAAUUGUUCGUCAUUAUAGCUAUUUAUCUCGUUUGUCUAAGUUGAUAAAGAAAAUAUAAGUACAUGAGUGGCCUCCUGAAACUGAAAAUUAUGACUUGUCGCGCCUGUCUAUGGGUCUUACGCAAUAAGGUGUGACCUAGAAAACGGAAUAAUGGAAAUAUCACCGAGCACUGUUGGUUUUAUGCCAUUCAUUUCCGUAAAACGACGAAAACUCCUGUUGUUUUCCAGAUUAUUGACUUAUCCGACAAAACUAUUGGAAAUACGUAAAAAUGAUGACUUUUUUGUAGGCUGAAAAUUUUUGCAGAUGUUGAGAAUGAAUAGCAUGUGAACAAAUAAAAUCGUCAACUAAAAAAGUA